GUGGGUUAUGCCCUUUUUAUUUUUCAAGUGCUGAUUGUAGUUACUUCUAAGCCCUCGUGUAGUUGUGGGUUGUUGAUCGCCGGCUUGUCCGGUCGUCUGGCAAUGGCGAAGACGCCGAUAGGGCUGGAGCCGGUGGUGGGUUCGCUGACUCUGUCCAAGAAGAGAGAAUACAGAUUCGCCAACCGUCUCCAAGAAGGGAAGCGCCCCUUGUACGCCGUCGUUUUCAACUUCAUUGACUCUCGCUACUUCAACGUUUUCGCCACCGUCGGCGGCAACCGGGUACCCCCACUCCAAACCUUUCCUUUUUUCUUCUGAACAAAACGUUGUCAACAAUGAAUCAUCUUUGAGCAACAUGAGGUGUAGAUUGCAAACAUUGAAUGUAAAAAUUGUAUCUUUAAUUUUGUUUUCUAUGCAAAUAUCUUUCCUUAUGCCUAGCUUAAAGAUGUAGCUGAAGCCUGUUCAGAGCUCAAGCUCAAUCCAGCUUAGUUGGAUUAAUUACUUUUUGUCUUCACCUUUUAUACCUUCAUUUGUAUUUUGUAUGCCUCGUGGGUCAUUUGCUUGCCACAAUGCCAAUUUCAUUCUGCAUUUAGGAUUGAUACUUGUUGCAUUUGUUUCACUUCUCUUUGCCCUGUUAUGGUGAGUGACAUUACCUAAUGUUGAUUUUUAUUUUUUGACUUUUUCUUGAAAAAGGUGACUGUAUACCAAUGCCUUGAAGGGGGUGUUAUAGCUGCAUUGCAGUCCUAUGUUGACGAAGAUAUCAGAAGGAAGAAUCGUUUUACACUGUCAGCUGGGCAUGCAAUAUGGAUGGGACUUCAUUUGUUGUGGCUGGAGGUCUCAAUGGUAUAAUACGUGUAAUCGAUGCGAGCAAUGAGAAAAUACACAAGAGUUUUGUGGGCCAUGGGGACUCCAUAAAUGAAAUUAGGACUCAGCCAUUGAAACCAUCACUUAUAGUUUC